AUGCGCUGCAUGGCUGAAAGAGCAAAUGCGCUCUAUCGUAAACUUUCUAACAUAAUUCAAAAUUUUCAGUACUGGGAGGACGAAUUUCUGAAAUGGAACCCACCGAGCUAUGAGGGAGCCGAAGAGAUAUUCUUGUCGAGUUCCGAUAUUUGGAUUCCAGAAUUUUCGUUGUAUUACAGUCUGAACUUCAACGACGCCGUCAAACUCCAAUCAAAUAAUGAUAUCAGAGUGAAUUAUACUGGUCACGUCCGUUAUUAUAUUCCAUUUUCAUCUGAAUCUCUGUGCAAAUUGGAUGUCAAAUUCUUCCCAUUUGAUGUUCAACAAUGCACACUACUCUUCGGCUCAUGGGCUCAUUCCAACGACUCCAUCAAAUACUCCCUUUAUUCUCAGAAUUUAUCGUUAAUUGAUUUCUAUGACAAUCAAGAAUGGGAGUUGGACACCCACAAUAGCUCGGUACAUUCUGAUGGAUUUCUGUAUGACUAUUUGGAUCCACCCCUUUUUUGGGAGAUGAUAAUUAUCACCUUGGUUAUGAAACGGCAAAGUUUUUAUUAUGUGUUCAACUUGGUGAUACCUAGUACAAUGAUAACACUGGUAUCAGUUAUUGGAUUUCACACACCAAGUACAAGUGGAAGAAUGAGGGAUGCGAAAUUCCGUCUCGGAAUCAUGACUCUGAUGAGUAUGUCCGUUAUUCUGCUUGCAAUUGUCGAAGAUAUGCCCAAAUUUUCAAUGGGAACAAAUCGAAGAGGACGGGGAUCAUUUUCAGGAAUACCUUUGAUUGGUUUAUAUUAUUUUAUACUUUUGGCAAUAAUUGGAAUGUCAACUGUCACCACUUCAAUGUUUGUUUAUUUGGAAAGGGAAUCAAGAGUGAAACAUAAUGUUCCUUGGUAUCUGAAAUGGUUAUCUUUCGAUAUUUCACCGUCGAAAAUUGCUCGAAAACUCUCCCGCUAUCGUCCGCAAACAAUGAGUCAACCACCAUCGGAACACCUUCUAUCGAACGGUCAUGUACGGACCGGAAUACGAGAUAAAGCUCGAGGUGUUGCAGCCUCAUUGCUUUCUUUGCUUCCACGACCUGGUAGUGGAGGACCUGGAAAUGGUGGACCGGAUAACGGGAACAGUCCGUUCCACAUGCAACACAUUCACGCUUAUCACCAGGACAAUCCAACACCAGCUCGAGAAUCGAUUCGGAGACGCUUGAGCAUGUCACAAUAUGACAAUAUGCUUAUUUAUCAGUACUACGAACAAGCACUGGAAGAUAUCGCCAACGGGGUCACCAGAAUGGAUAGAACUAUCGCGGAGAUCAGGUCAGAAAUGAUGACUCUUAUUCCACAAGAGGAUAUUAAUACAAAAUGGCAAGCGGUCAUCAGGAGGUUGGAACUGCUUUCGCUGGUCUUCUAUGUCUCUGUGCUCUUCACAACCAUGUAUCUAUUCUUCUAUCACGAUUGGUACUGCGCUAUCGGUCACAAUCCAUGCGGCCAAUCAAAUCUGAAAUGCCCCUGGAUGGCGCACACACCUGACGAUCCACAUUGCGAGCACAACUCAUAUAACUAG